CAAUAAGCCUGCCUUCCCGCCGGUUUAGGGUGGGGCCUUAUUUUUCUCAGGGUUCUGAGAGGGCAGGAGUGAGUGGAUGUCGCCGGAUUUUCGGAAGGUGUUUGGAAGCUUGAAAGAAGGUUCCCCGGGUUUGACCUCCCUCCCUCCCCCCUCGACACGAUGGCGAAGAUGGGGCUCCUGCGGCUGUCGUACGAGAAGCAGGACACGCUGCUGAAGCUGCUCAUCCUUUCCAUGGCAGCCGUGCUGUCAUUCGCGACGCGGCUCUUCUCCGUGCUGAGGUUCGAGAGCGUCAUCCACGAGUUUGAUCCGUACUUCAACUAUCGCACCACCCGUUUCUUGACAGAGGAGGGCUUCUACAAGUUUCACAACUGGUUUGAUGACCGGGCCUGGUACCCACUGGGCCGGAUUAUUGGUGGCACGAUUUACCCAGGCCUGAUGAUCACCUCAGCGGCUCUCUACCACACGCUACACUUCUUCCACAUCACCAUCGACAUCCGCAACGUCUGCGUCUUCCUGGCACCCCUCUUCUCCUCCUUCACCGGCAUCGUCACCUACCUCUUCACCAAAGAGCUCAAGGAUGCAGGAGCUGGUCUGCUUGCCGCAGCUAUGAUAGCAGUGGUUCCUGGGUACAUAUCGCGAUCUGUUGCAGGUUCCUAUGACAAUGAAGGCAUUGCCAUUUUCUGCAUGCUGCUCACCUACUACAUGUGGAUCAAGGCAGUGAAGACGGGCUCCGUCUAUUGGUCCUCCGUGUGUGCCCUGGCCUACUUCUACAUGGUGUCCUCGUGGGGAGGCUACGUGUUCCUCAUUAACCUGAUCCCCCUGCACGUGCUGGUGCUCAUGCUGACGGGCCGCUUCUCCCACCGCAUCUACGUGGCGUACUGCACCGUCUACUGCCUCGGGACCGUCCUCUCCAUGCAGAUCUCCUUCGUGGGCUUUCAGCCGGUCCAGUCCUCCGAGCACAUGGCCGCCUUCGGGGUGUUCGGCCUGUGCCAGAUCCACGCCUUCGUCGAUUACCUGCGCAGCAAACUCAACACCCAGCAGUUCGAGGUCCUCUUCAAGAGCAUAAUCUCCCUGGUGGGGUUCCUCCUGCUCUCUGUGGGUGCCGUGCUCAUGCUGACCGGUAAAAUCUCCCCCUGGACGGGUCGGUUCUACUCCCUGCUGGACCCGUCCUACGCCAAGAACAACAUCCCCAUCAUCGCCUCGGUCUCCGAGCACCAGCCCACCACCUGGUCCUCCUACUACUUUGACCUGCAGCUCCUGGUCUUCAUGUUCCCCGUGGGCUUGUACUACUGCUUCAACAACCUCUCUGACGCGCGGAUCUUCAUCAUCAUGUACGGGGUCACCAGCAUGUAUUUCUCCGCCGUCAUGGUGCGUCUCAUGCUGGUCCUGGCCCCGGUCAUGUGCAUCCUGUCAGGCAUCGGGGUGUCCCAGGUUCUCACCACCUACAUGAAGAACCUGGACGUCACGCGCCCGGACAAGAAGAGCAAGAAGCAGCAGGACGCCACCUACCCCAUCAAGAACGAGGUGGCCAGCGGCAUGAUUCUGGUCAUGGCCUUCUUCCUCAUCACCUACACCUUCCACUCCACCUGGGUGACGAGCGAGGCCUACUCCUCGCCCUCCAUCGUGCUCUCCGCCCGCGGCGGCGACGGCAGCCGCAUCAUCUUCGACGACUUCCGCGAGGCCUACUAUUGGCUGAGGCACAACACCCCAGAGGAUGCCAAAGUGAUGUCGUGGUGGGACUAUGGGUACCAGAUAACAGCCAUGGCCAACCGGACCAUCCUGGUGGACAACAACACUUGGAACAACACGCACAUCUCCCGAGUGGGCCAGGCCAUGGCGUCGACAGAAGAAAGGGCCUACGGCAUCAUGCGCGAGCUGGACGUGGGAUACGUGCUGGUCAUCUUCGGGGGACUGACCGGAUACUCGUCUGACGACAUCAACAAGUUCCUGUGGAUGGUGCGCAUCGGAGGCAGCACGGACACGGGACGGCACAUCAAGGAGCACGACUACUACACGCCUUCCGGAGAGUUCCGCGUGGACCGCGAGGGCUCCCCCGUGCUGCUCAACUGCCUGAUGUACAAGAUGUGCUACUACCGCUUCGGCCAGGUGUACACCGAGGCCAAGCACCCCCCGGGCUACGACAGGGUGAGGAACGCUGAGAUCGGAAACAAGGACUUCGAGUUGGACGUGCUCGAGGAGGCCUACACCACGGAGCACUGGUUGGUCAGGAUAUACAAGGUGAAAGACCUGGAUAACCGCGGUCUCUCCCGGACAUGAAGCCCCUCCAGUUCCCACACCCCCAGGCCCCAAGCCCCCAGCACUGAAGGCCCCUCUGCCAGUGAUCCUGAGAUACUGAUUCUGAUCCGGAUGCUGAUUGUCAAAUCUUUUUUUAUACUUUCGUUUCGGAAUAUGCAGAAAGAAAUUGUUUUGCUUUUUUAAAAAAUAAAAAAAAUAAAAAAUAAAACAAAUUGUGAGAAAAUAAAAUGGAUUUACAAAGUGAUAUAUCACUUGUAUAUAUCAGAUGUAUUGUCUGGAAGAUAAUGUUUUCUAAAGAGAUUGUCAGCGAGUGAUUUCUGCAGCCUGUCCAAGAGACCAAACUGUUAUGAAAGCUUUGAACAAAGCAGUCAAAUAAACGAAGGGACUAAAUGGGACGAAA